AUGGGUCCUCAUGACCUGAGAUAUCUCUUUCUCAUGUUCGGGGCCUGCAAAGCGGGCUACGAGAUACUCUUUCCGAUGUUUCAUGCCUCGGCCAUUAGCACUUUGUUCCUUUCAAUCUGGAAUACCGUUCCAACAAUUUCACCGCCUCCAAUACCUCUGACAGCAGAACUUGCAAAUGAAAUGAUCGUCAACUGUAACAUUGAAGCUGCUACCAUGCCUCCGUCUAUCCUUUCUGAAAUGGCAGGGAAUCAAAGGUAUCUAGAAAGUCUUUGGAGAUGUACCAGUGUGAUGUAUGGGGGAGGACCGCUACCUACCCAGGCCGGUGAUCGCAUCGCGUCAGGCACCACUCUCAUCACUGUCUUUGGAUCCUCGGAGACAGGGUUCUUCCCUGUCGAAGACAUGCAGCGGGAGGACUGGCCGUACGUCAAACUAAGCGACUGCGCUGGUGGCGUGUAUCGUCCUUAUGCGAAUGAUCUGUUCGAGCUUGUCGUUGAGCGGAAGCCUGGUCUGGAAAUGUCCCAACCUGCGUUCUGGAUGUACCCUGGACUGGAAGAAUACCACACGAAGGACCUGUUUUCGAAACAUCACAGCAAACCCGAUCUUUGGUUGUGGCAAGGCCGCACAGACGACAUCAUCGUUCUUAGCAAGGGUGAGAAGUUUAACCCUAUUGCAAUGGAGAACAUGAUCGUCAGUGGUCAUCCUGCAGUUGAGUCAGCUCUUGUUUGCGGAGACGGGCGCGAACAGUGCGCCUUGCUUGUGGAACUGUCUUCUUCAGAAUCCAGUGAAGAAGAUACCUCCGAGGAAGAACUUGUGGAGGAGCUAUGGCUGAUCGUGCAGAAAGCCAACGAGGAGUGUCCCGAGUACGGACGCGUGAUGAAGAACAUGGUGAUAGUUGCCAAACAGGGCAAGAGACCGAUACGAGCAGAUAAGAGUACUGUUCAGCGUAGGCGUACCCUGGAGAGUUUUGCUGCUGAGCUCGACGAACUUUACCAUCUACACGAAGGCCCUGCUGCAUCCUUUGCACAUACAGAUCGUCCGAUGGAUUUCGAGAGUGUCAAGCAAAUUGUCACGGAUAUUGUUCACGGACUUCCCAGAUAUCGGACAGUGCCAUCCAGCAAGAGUUUCUUUGAUCUAGGGCUGGACUCGCUUCACGCUAUGACAAUGGCCAAGAGCAUCAGAACCGCUUUUCUCAAUCUGCCAACACAAAUCACAACCAAAGUCAUCUACGACUUCCCAAGCAUUGAUCUACUAUCAAGCUCCAUCUGUGGCUCAAUGAUUGGAAGGGAGGAUUCAGUGAAGGCAAUGCAGAUGCUGUACGAUCGCCACUCACCCAUGAGCCGCAAAGCAUUGGCUAAUGAGGCUCCUCGCGCUGCCACUGUAAUCCUUGUUGGCUCCACCGGCCACCUGGGUACUCAGCUUUUGGACCAACUCUCGCGUAGAAUAGACGUCCAGAGGAUUUACUGCCUCAACCGCCGCUCCAAGGUCAACCUUGAACAAGGAGCGGAUGAUCCCCCAUUCGGCAAUCCAGACUCGACAUACACUCGAUACUUUCACGCAGACUAUUCUCAACCGUGCUUCGGCCUUUCUGAACCAGACUUGCGUCUUUUGCAGCGAUCCGUCCUCCGCAACUCGCGAGGACCUGUUUCAGAGGAGGUCGUCCAUGACUGGCUGAGGGCAGAGACUAUGGGCUAUACACAGUCUAAGCUCGUCGCUGAACGCCUCAUAGCUGAGAUCACUGCUACCACUGGUGUCAAAAGCCUAAUCUGCCGUCUGGGUCAGCUCGGCGGAGUCUUGGACCAUGACGCUGGGAACAGCAAGGUACCCGAAUGGCCGGAGAAAGAAUGGUUGCCCGCUAUGCUGGCUUCCUCGAUCCAACUCGGCGCCAUUCCUUCUUCACUAGACUCACUGGACAGCAUCGAUUGGGUGCCCGUUGACGUCGCUGCAGCUACAAUAUGCGAGCUCAUAUCCGCUGGAUCUGCAAUCCGCGAGGCUUGCCAGGUAUACAAUAUCGUCAAUCCUCAAACUACCAGCUGGACAGAGCUAUUGCCACAGCUUGCAGCUUACAGGGGACUGAAACGAGUCGCUCUUCCCGAUUGGGUUGGACUCCUGGAGAAACAUAUUCAGAGCGGGCCAGGGAAAAACAUACCGGCCAUGAGCUUGGUCGAUUUCUUCGAAAGCGCCUAUGAGAAUGGAAAGAAAAAGCCUUUGGUCGACUGCUCGAAGAGUCUUGCUCUGAGUCCGGCUCUCAACGGUACACGACGCAUAGGUGUUGAUUUGAUGGAACGAUGGAUUAGCCAGUGGAGUUUCAGCAGUUGA